AUGUACGACAAAGAUGUUGGCCGCGCGGCGGUGCAAAAUAUGAAAGCAAAAGAAAAUCUCACAUCAAUCCACCAGAACUGGCGCUCUCUCCUCCCGCGAAAGAUAUGGCAGAUAUACCUCAUGCCGCCAAAUGUGGAUAAAACCACUUUUGAGAUUGACUCUGAGAAUCUUGCUGACACAAUCUCUUGGCUCGCUCACAACCCCGGAUACGCAUAUGUUUUAGUUGGAGACGAUGGCGCGGAAGUCUUCGCACGCCAAGACCUCAAAGAGGGUUCAAGAUUAUCAAGCAUAUUCAGACAGCUUAAGCAUACCGGAAUGAAAUCCGACUUGUUGAGGUACCUUGUACUUGCAAGGGAAGGUGGUGUUUAUUCGGAUAUCGAUACGGUAAAUCUUAAGCCCAUUGACCUUUGGGUACCUGAAAGGUAUCAGAGAGACGCUCGCGUCGUUAUUGGGGUGGAAUUUGACCGUCUUGAUGGGGCAAAUUGGGGCGAGGUUCAUCCCGACCUACAAUUCUGCCAGUGGACCAUCGCUGUGACACCUGGGCACACUCUAUUCGGCGAGGUGAUAGAAUGGGUGAUUUCUGCGCUAGAAGACUUCACAGUAUCCCAUCAGACGACGUUCUCAGAACUCACAGUCAGUCCAGCCGAGGUUAUGAGAUUGACCGGCCCAGGUGCAUGGACGGAUGCUGUAUUUCGGCAGCUACAGAAGUAUGAGCCAGACUUGACGUCAUUGAGAAAUUUCAGUGGACUGUUGGAGCCGAGACUCGUAGGAGAUAUUUUGAUAUUUCCGAUUGAUGGGUUUGGAAUGGGCCAGCUGCAUUCUAAUAGUACAAGGGACGGGUCAAUUCCCGAGGGCGCGUUGGUCCAACAUAAUUUCCGAGGCUCGUGGAGACACAACGAUAGGUCGUAA